CAAGCUGCGCCGCCCCACGCGCCGCUGCGCCGAGGCUAACCACAAGCCUUCGGCUGGAGGAAAGGCCGCCGCUGCCGCGGGCUUCUUACGUCUCUGAGCCGGCCGCCCAAGAGUGCGGCGGAGCAAAUAUGAAUGUUGGAGUUGCCCACAGCGAGGUAAAUCCAAAUACCCGGGUAAUGAACAGCCGGGGUAUGUGGCUGACAUAUGCAUUGGGAGUUGGCUUGCUUCAUAUCGUUUUACUUAGCAUUCCCUUCUUCAGUGUUCCUGUUGCUUGGACCUUAACAAAUGUUAUACAUAAUCUGGGGAUGUAUGUAUUUUUGCAUGCUGUAAAAGGAACACCUUUUGAAACUCCUGACCAGGGUAAAGCAAGGCUCCUUACUCAUUGGGAGCAACUGGACUAUGGAGUACAGUUUACAUCUUCACGGAAGUUUUUCACAAUUUCUCCAAUUAUUCUAUACUUCCUGGCAAGUUUCUAUACGAAGUAUGAUCCAACUCACUUCAUCCUAAACACAGCUUCUCUCCUGAGUGUGCUAAUUCCCAAAAUGCCACAACUACAUGGUGUUCGGAUCUUUGGAAUUAAUAAGUAUUGAAAUGUUUUGAAACUGAACACAAAUUUUUACAGCCACUGAGUUUUCUGUAAGGAAGGAGUGAUUAGUAAACUGCACUGUUUCUGUGAUAAUGUGAAAUGAAAGGUAUUUACAUUGGAGAGCCAAUUGCUGCUUCUUCAUGUGUGGUUUUGAAGUGCAGAUUUUUACAAGAAGAUGCCUCUGUUUAAUGCAUCUGGUAUCUUUCUGAAGAGAGGCUUCAUAGGCAGGCUGGGCAGGCCCAGCUUCUAAGUUAAAUGACUAAAGUAAGGAUGUAGUAGAUAAAUACAAGGAAAUAAGAGAUUUGUAAGGAACUAGGUCCAGCUUAGCUUAUAAUGAAGGGGCACUAUAUCAGGAGCAGAAAAUUUUCAAUCAUUCAGUCAUGAUCAUUUAGGCAAACUUAUGUGUAAACCAGAAUCAUCUCUUUACAGGUUUAUUAUAGAUUGUUUUUAGGCAAACUUAUGUGUAAACCAGAAUCAUCUCUUUACAAGUUUAUUAUAGAUUGUUUUUAUUACCAUACAUAUUCCUCUUGUGUUAAUAUUAAAAGGGUAUAUACCCUCUUGUUUUAUACAAACCAAUUUCUACCUUCUGAGUGUGUUUUUUUGGUUUUGAACAUUGUGUUGAUAGAUGAUUCAUUUUUACAUUUACUAAGUUGCUGAGUUUGUGAAGGUCCACCUUCAUGACAUGACUGAUUGAUAAUAGAAGAUAGGCAUCUUAGAAGCAGCCUCUUGAGUUGGCCUUCUAAUUUUGGAACAGAGUGGGUUUUGCUGCCUUUCCAGAUACAAGGCUGCUAAAUCAAUUAAGAAAACAAUUUAUUUCUCAGUUGAAGUAUAUGGUAACAUAAAGGUCUUUGCUUACUUGGUUGAGCAAUCUUAUUGUUGAAGUCUGCCAUUUAGAAAACGAAAUAUAAAAUGGACAACCACAUAGCCAAAAUGUGGUCUGGCGGAAACUGCUUUUCUAGCAAUAGUAUCAAAGUAAAUAAUGGAGUCCUUUUUUUUUUAACAGGUCUGUAGUAAAAGAUAACAUCAGUUUUUCUUAGUCCUUCUGUUCUCAGUCCCACAUUUUGCCCGUCAAUACAUGAGUCAUUGUAGAUAACCCAAAAUGGUAACUAUUUCCAAAGCAGCAACCAUACUGAAUUCUCGUGACUUAGAGAAGCUUCCUGUAGUUGCUGACAUUAAUUGCAAGAAAUAACUACUACUUUGAGAAGUAAAUGUCAAGAAAAGUUCUGAUGUGGGAUGAAACUGAAAAACCUAGUAACAUUUGUAUGUACAAUUGAGUGAAAAGAAUUAUAAAGCCAACUUAAUCAGUUUGUUUCCAGCUGACUUUUGGGGGUAAUGAUCAUUGUUUUGUAUUUCAAAAGUAUUGAGUUUAGAAAUCAGUUGUAUAAUAAUGCCUUUGUAUGUCUGUCUUAUGUAUUUUUAAAUAACGAAUAAUCUAUACUUUAAUAAAAUUUUUCUUUGGUGUAAGA